AUGCCAUCCUCCGUCCAAGAAGGCAGGGUGACCAAGCCGAAACCGAGGCGGUCAUCGCAGCGCAGUUCGCUCAGGGACAAGGUCGAAUUGGCCGAUAUUGACCAUGAAAAAGAUUCCCAACCCUUACCAUUAGUGGAACGCACCAAUGCAUUGCCACUGGACCAACUCCUGUCAUUAUAUGUACCGCCCGAUGAGCUUGCCUUCAAGAUAACUACGUCUACGACCAAAAAGGCCGUCAAGGCCGACAAGGAAGAUGAUGUCAAUGAAGAUUUAGACUAUGUACUGAAUAUAUACACCGCCGACUCAAUACCAACUGCCGACUUCGAGGCAUGCUUCAAACUCAUCGAGCUCACGUCGUCAAACGCCUACACGGGUUCCAGUUUCGGCUGGUCUCCGUCGAAAAAGCUCAAGGAGAUGCGACUUCCUGACAUGAGGUACAUGAUCUUGCGACGAGGCCCACGAGCAGCCAGCGAAGAUAGCAGUACACAGCCUCUGGGGUUUCUUUCAUUUAUGGUGACGUACGAGGAUGGAAAAGAGGUCAUUUACUGCUAUGAGAUUCACCUGUCUCCUGCUGCCCAGGGACAGGGACUGGGCGAGCAGCUGAUGCGGAGACUCGCAAAUAUCGGAAGACGAAUCGGUCUGGAGAAAGCCAUGUUGACGGUUUUCAGGUCAAACACGCAAGCGGUGCGAUUUUACGACAAGCUCGGCUAUGUCGAAGAUGAGUUCUCCCCAAGACCCUGGAGGCUGCGCAACGGAACGGUUAAGGAGCCAGACUAUCGGAUCAUGUCUAAGUCAUUGAGAGACGAAGGACACCAGUGA